AUGGCGGACGACGAUGCGGGGGACAAGGCCGAGGAGCGCAAGUGCCUCUACACCUCGCCGCUCGCGCAGCCGCUCAUCACGGACAAGCUGCUGGACAGGGCGCUGAAGCUGCUCAAGAAGGCGGUGGCGGAGAAGGGGGCCACCCGUCGCGGAGUGCCAGAAGUCACGAAGGCCAUACGGAAGGGCCAGAAGGGCAUCUGCUUCCUCGCAGGCGACAUCUACCCCAUGGACGUGUUCGCCCAUGUGCCGAUCGUCUGCGAGGAGAAAGGGAUCAAGUACUGCUACGUCUCGUCUCGGCACGUUCUCGGCGGCGCCUGCCAGACUCGCCGCCCCAUCAGCAUCAUCAUGGUCAUGGAGCCCAAGGCCGACGCCACGUUCUCGAAGACAUUCGAGCAGGUGGCCGCCGGAGUUGCCGCGAUCCACCCGUACAUGUAG